UGGCGCGCGCGGCUGCAGCCUGGGCUGGGCGCUCGCAGCGCGUCCCGCGGCCGGUUCCGCGCUCCCCGCUCCGCGCUCCCCGCUUGGCGCCCCGCGCUCCCCGCCGCCCGCUCCCCGCAGCCGGGCAUGUAGCGGCGGCCGGCGCCGCGGCGGAAUAUGGGCGGGAACCACUCCCACAAGCCCCCCGUGUUCGACGAGAAUGAGGAAGUCAACUUUGACCAUUUUCAGAUCCUGCGGGCCAUCGGUAAAGGGAGUUUUGGAAAGGUAUGCAUCGUGCAGAAGCGGGACACAAAGAAAAUGUACGCGAUGAAGUACAUGAACAAGCAGAAAUGCAUCGAGAGGGAUGAAGUACGGAACGUCUUCCGGGAACUGCAGAUCAUGCGGGGACUGGACCACCCUUUCCUGGUCAACCUGUGGUACUCCUUCCAGGACGAGGAGGACAUGUUCAUGGUGGUGGACUUGCUCCUGGGCGGAGACCUGCGUUACCACCUGCAGCAGAACGUCCACUUCACGGAGGGGGCGGUGAAGCUGUACAUCUGCGAGCUGGCGCUGGCCCUGGAGUAUCUGCAGAGGUUCCACAUCAUCCACAGAGACAUCAAGCCAGACAACAUAUUGCUGGAUGAACACGGACAUGUUCACAUCACAGACUUCAACAUAGCGACGAUCGUGAAAGGAGCAGAAAAGGCUUCCUCUAUGGCUGGGACCAAGCCCUACAUGGCCCCGGAAGUGUUCCAGGUGUAUGUGGAGGGAGGCCCCGGCUACUCGUACCCCGUCGACUGGUGGUCCCUGGGUAUCACGGCCUACGAGCUGCUGCGGGGCUGGAGACCGUAUGAAAUCCACUCGGCCACGCCCAUUGAUGAGAUCCUCAACAUGUUCAAGGUGGAGCGUGUCCACUACUCCUCCACGUGGUGCAAAGGCAUGGUCGCCCUGCUGAAGAAGCUCCUGACCAAGGACCCUGAGAGCCGUCUGUCCAGCCUUGGUGACGUCCAGAGCGCGCCCUACUUGGCCGACAUGAACUGGGAUGCGGUGUUCGAGAAGGCGCUGACACCCGGCUUUGUGCCCAGUAAGGGGAGAUUGAAUUGUGACCCCACAUUUGAACUUGAAGAAAUGAUCCUUGAAUCCAGGCCACUUCACAAGAAGAAGAAGAGGCUGGCAAAGAACAGGUCCAAAGACGGCACAAAGGACAGCUGUCCUCUGAACGGACACCUGCAGCAGUGCUUGGAGACCGUGCGGAAGGAAUUCAUCAUAUUCAACAGAGAGAAGCCCCGAAGGCUCUGCCAGGCUAGCUCCCACCUGCCAUGUGCAAGUAUCCAGAUGAAGGGCCCGGCUGCGUACCCCGGGAUGCUGUCUGAGCACCGCGUGGGCCCCUCCGGGUCCAGCCGCAUCCCUGCUCCACGAUGAACGUGGGAAGGGGACCACGUUGCAUCCACCGCCACCCUCUCUGCUGCAGUUUCUCAUCUGUACAAUGUCUCCAUUCGCGAGCACGGUGUGCCCCAAACCAAGAGUCUUCCUUCUAAACCAAGAGAAAAAAAUGGGACCUGUCUGUCGCCCACCCCAUUCUGCAACCCCGUGUUUAAAGCACCUGCCAUGUUGGCACAGAGGACCUUCCUGUCUGACAUCAGCCAGUGGCCAGUGGCCUGACUGGGUAGGGGACCCGGAGAUGCUGAGCCAGGCUCCCCGUCACAUCCCCUGGGGCCUCACCGGCCCCGGCAGCCUCCAGCGGCUAGCGGCUGUCGCUUUCCUUGUCGGCAGACCAGGCCAUCCGCUCACAGCACACUGGGCCAGGCUGCCGCUGUGCAUUGGGCUGCAAAGGGAAUCAGCAGGGAGCGCGUGGUCACAUCGGAAUCUCCCGGCUGGGGGGGGGGGUCGGUGAAGCAUCUGACUUGGGCUCAGGUCCUGAUCUCAUGGUUUGUGAGAGUUCGAGCCCUACGUCAGGCUCUGUGCUGACAGCUCAGGGCCUGGAGCCUGCUUCUGUGUCUCCCUCUCUCUCUGCCCCUCCCCUGCUCAUGCUCUUUCUCUCAAAAAUAAACAAACAUUAAAAAAAAAUUUUUUUUUAAAUCCCCCAGCCGGGGGUAGGGGGUAUUAGCAUGUAGGGUUGCCACACCUGUUAUGUGUUGAAUUGCACCCCGCAAAAAGAUAUGUUGGAGCUCUAGCCCCAGUAUCCUAGAACGUGGCCUCAUUUGGACCUAGGGUUGUUGCAGAUGUGGUCAGCUGAGAUGAGGUCAUGUCAGAGUAAGGGGCCCAUCAUCCAAUAGGACUGGUGUCCUGAUAAGACGAGGCACAGACACAGGGAGAAGGGCACAAAGUUCGCCAGCAGCCUCCAGAAGCCAGGGGAGGGGCCUGGACCAGACGCUCCCCACAGACGCUGGCGAUGCAUUACAGCUGCCUUAGGGAACGGAUACAGUGCCCUCUGAGCCAGAAGCUGAGAGAAUAGGCCUGGCGAUCUGCGUUUUAACAUGUUCUUGGUGUCAUGCUGAUCCGUACUUUGAGAACUUCUGCUAAGAGAGACCAAGCGUGCCCACACGGGGCCUCUUCUGGUUGGUUCUGAGCUGGCCACAAGAAUCCCGAUCUAAAACUGCAGACCUUCCCAGCCGUCUGUCUCCCUUGCUCUGGGGUUGGUGACCUGCAUCUCCGAGCCCUCACGGGCUUAAGGGCGCUCCCGGGGGCCUCACCCCUGCACGGCUGCCUGGACGUGUGCUUCGUCAGCUAGAACGAGCUCUUGAGCAGACAAAAGUUCCCCUCCCCCCAUGCGAUGAGGAAGCUGUCCUCAGCAGGCAGCCCCCGGGGGCAUCAGCCAGCUCCUGGAGGAGAUUCGCACUCAGUCCUUUAACAGAUGUGCCCUAAUCUCGGCCUGGACCCUGAGACACCAAAGUGGGUCCAGCGGGCCCUGUGUCCUUGCCUGCUCGUAGCUAGCACAGGCCACCGUGGGGAUGCGGAGGACGUGCCCCUGGGCCUGACCUCUCUGGGCCUCAGUUUCUAAAGAGAGGGCAAAAUUCAAAUUCGCACUGCCUAAUAUUCUAGAAACACAACUUUAUUGCUGAGCUGAGACCUCAACUGGCAAGAGGCCGCCGAGCCAGGUGGAGCAUCUGUUUCAGGGACUGGUCCAGGGAUGCGAAGGCCUGGGCAGCUGAGGCUCCCAUUAGUUUGAGAAAUGGCGCCGUGGGUCCUGUCCUCCUAUUUCUGGCCAGAGAUUCGAGCUCAGUCUUUCCAGAAGGUCUUUUCAAUAGCAUUUGGCGGAGGUUUGCAGAAUAAGGAGCCCCUGGUGAGAAAGGAGUUUCAGGAGCUGAAUUGCCUAUCUAUCUGUGUCAUCUUGUAAAGAAAUCAGCAUUUUAAAAAUCACAUUAAAGCCACGUCUGGAGGCCCUAAAAAUGUUGUAUUUAAAAGAUGUGGGCUACUGCAUGUGUGGUACUUAGUGAUACUGUUAACGAUGGUCAGUGACGUUGGUGUAGGACUUUAUGGCUUCAGAUCAUGUUCCUUUAAUCCAGAUUUGUCAGCCUCGGCCCUGUCAACGUCUGAUGACUACUGACGUCAGUUGUUUGAUGUGGGGACUGCCCUGCCAGCUUUCGUGGCCUCUGCCCAUUAGACACCAGUAGCACGACCAAAACUGACCCCAGACACGGGCUGAUGUUCCCCAGCAGACCAGUUGCCCCCAGUUGGGGGUCACUGCUUACUCCUUACUUGCCACACUUUUCCUGAGGGGCAUAUUAGCGUUCCCAACGUCUGCAGGUCUGAACUGGGAUAUGAAGGAUUUGAAAUCUGAUCUUCCAACCCCAGACCCUGGGCUCUUUCUGCUGCGUGUGUGUUCAUCCAGCUCUCCGGGAGAGGUUUACUCAGCAUCUCCCGGGGGUUGGAUACAAGUGGGCAUAGCCGGGAGCAAGGCCCUGUUCUCGUGGGGCUCACGCUCAGGUGGAUUGAGGAGCUGAAGGGAGGGGGUACUUUCCCUAAGCGGCGUCUUUGAGGUGUGCCUCCAGCGCGUCCAGGCGGUGCAGCGGCUCGCGUGUAGCGACACCUUUUUAUUGGGCACCUGCUCCAUGCGAUGCAGUCAGUACGUCCAUCAUGUGGGCCAGGCGCUUUUACUCCCCCAUGUAACAGGGGAAGAGGAGCAGACGAAACGUGAGUCGAGGGCACAUGACUAAGAGGGCUGGGGUUCCAUGGAGGUAAUCAGGCUCCGGGGUCCAAGCACUAAAUCGAAAUGCAAAACGGUCCAUCGCCCUGCACAUUUAAUGUGGAACAAGGAGUUUCCACUAGCUCUGUAGAUGGCGUGUGUUGGUGAAUCCGGACACGUUCCAGGUGCAAGAUGGUACAGGUUAACGUGACAGCGGUCUGUCCUGCUUCCCCAUCCUGAGAAAACACAACAGCGAGCCACUGCAGGCUCGACUGAGGACGAAGGUGGGAGGCCUGGAACAAUGACAGAUGAAUAACCAAAACAUGAUUAAAGUUUGGUGACCUCAUCUUCCUCGGGGAGGGGGGCUCCCUGGAGACCCCAGGCAGUGAGAUAGGGACCCUCUAUUGCGGCCUGGAACUGUUGGGGGAAUGGAGGGUAAGCAGCGUGAAGUUACGAUUCACUUCAGGCUUGGGAACUGGAUGAACGGGGCAGGCCCUGGUCCUGCUGCCCUCGGGGCUGUGAGCAUGGGGGGCAAGUGGGGUGGGGCGGGUCCCAGCCUCUCUGCCCCUCGGCCUGCGCAUCAAGGGCUGGCCUUGACUUUACAAGGUCUGUGCCAUUUGCAGAGGACUUUGACUCCCCUCUGAUCUCCUCCCCAUGGGGAAGGCAGGAAAAGGUUAUAUCUGCAUCUCGUGAAUUAAUCAGUAAAGGAGGAACCUUCACCUUCACCACUGGCAUGUCCUCUACCCCCUUUGCUAGGAAGAGGUGAACUUCAAGGACCCCGCAUUCCAAAGUCAAGGCCAGUGCAUUUUGGUUCUCUCUAGUCUUCGGUCCAGUCUGUGUGGCCCCGACGUCAUUUAUAGGUGAGCAUAGCCAGGACAGGGAGCCAACAAAGAGCGGAGAGCACCUCCUUUCUAAACCAUGGGGUGGCGGGAGCACCCGCAGCCCUCUGCUCAUUCUGUUCUCGUCACGGCUCCAUUCACGGGAUUUUUUUUUCAUACCAUUUCACAGUCAGAGAAAUCGAUGAAAGCCUCACUCUGACUGUUGUGGCAUCUCUGAAUCUCACAAGAGUCUUGAGGCUUUACUGCCCACUGAGGCAGAGAAGAAGAGCAUAGACGACUGUGGCGGGUGAGGCCAGGCUUUCCGGGAUCGCUGCUCCGUGAAACAGGGUGGCGCCUUUCCAAAGCCCAGGAAGACGGUCAGGGAAGAUCAGCUCAGCGACCUGGAACAGCGGGAGGAAUUUCAGCCACAAUUGAAGGGGGCCCGGCAGGUGCUUGGAUUGCAGAAUCCUGAUAGUUGCAUGAAAACUCUGGAUCAGGAAGUCACACGGGAGGCGGGGCCCUCUGCCAAAUCCUUUAAGAGAAACUGAAGCCUGGUUUAAAAAGGGCUACUGAUCCUGGGGCAUGUGGGUGAUGCAGUCCAUUAAGCGUCUGACUCUUGAUCUUGGCUCAGGUCAUGAUUUCACUGUUCGUGGGUUCAAGCCCCGGGUCGGGCUCUGUGCUGAUGGUGUGGAGCCUGCUUGGGAUUCUCUCCCUUUUUCUCUCUGCCCCUGCCCCACUUGUGCUAUCUCUCUCUCUCUCUUUCUCUCUCCAAAAUAAAUAAACAUUUUAAAAAAAUUUUAAGGGCUACUGAUCCUGACACAUUCACCCCCCAGUGAAAGACCCCGGAAAAUACAGCAUGGCAGGUUUCCAGUGGGCCAAGAGGCAACACACGGUCCCUCACAAAUAGCUGAAUCCAUACAGCCCUGUUUCUCUUAGAAGCACAUGCUGUCACUGGUCUCCUCAGACUUCAAUUAUUUAAAGUCCCAUCUUCUUUCACCUGCAAUUAGUUCUCCAGAGUAAAAUAUGCCCAUUUUGUAUGGGAAUAUUUAUAGGCCUUAUUAAGUCCUUUGUGAAAGGAGGCUGUGUAUGAAUUUGAAAAUUAGGAACAGGGAUCUAAUGGUCUGUUUUGAAGUAAAUACUGUUGUUGUUUUAAUCCUGGUCUAAUUUUCUCUCUGUGCCAUCUAAGAAUCUCAUUGCCAGCCGAUUAAAUGAAAGAAUACUAUUGCUUUGUGAAUAUAUUGAAAACCUGUUAUAUGCCAUGUGCUGGGCUUGGUACAGUUACAUUUCAUCUGAAAUAAAUCCUCACCAUAACCUUGAUUUGUAAAUGUUGACAUCUAGAGAGAAGGAGUCAGGUGCCUGAAGUCAGCGGUCAGUGUUUUUGCAGAGUUGGGAUCCCACAUAGUCCGGGGUUUCUCAAGCUCGUAUUCUUUCCACUGACUCUUACCUUUAACUGUUUUAAAUGUCAGAACUUUAAUUAAAAUAUCCAAGGGAAGCAAACAAAUGGUGUCACUCAGAAUGUAUGUAAAAAACAGAAUACAAUGGAGGAGGGCACCUGUUGGGAUGAGCACUGGGUAUUGUACGGAAACCAAUUUGACAAUAAAUUGCAUAGUCAGAAAAAUAAUAAAUAAAUAAAUAAACAAAUAAACAAAUAAAUAAAUAAAAACAGAAUACAAACAGUAAGAUGGUCUGAAAUAAGUGCUUAGAGGCAACUGGCAACUUCUCUGCGGGUCCUUAAUGUUAAUGCCCUCCGCUUUCUCUAGCUCUGGGCCGCCCCCAGAAUCCUUAUGAAAAAUCCUCAUGUUUUCCGCCUGAAAUGGCUCUUUUGUUGGUUGCCUUGUGUCCCCCAAAGGGGUAUGAUGAACUCCUGACCGCCCCCCACCCAGUACUGUAUUUGGAAAUAGGGUCUUUGCAGAAGUAAUCAAGUUAAGAUGAUGUGAAACUGGACUAGGUAUAUCCAAUGACAGGUCUCUCUAAGGAGAGGGACAUUUGAAGACAGAAGUGGCCACAAUCUGAGGGAUGCCAGGGAUCGCUGGCAAACACUGGAAGCCCGAAGACACAAGGAAGGAUUUACCCCAGGCCCCUGCGGACACCUCGGUGUUAGACGUCUGGUCUCCGAAACUUUGAGGGAAUAUAUUUCACGCAGUUGCUGGUACAUCACCAGGGAGCCGUGAGGAGCAUACACGCCUUCCAGGGACCAGUGAAGGCUCCGUGCUCGGCAGUCAUUAACCCUUGAUUCCUCCCAAAUUUUUA